AUGAGGCCCCAGGACCUCAUUACUUUUGUCAAGCAGAAGUUCGCUACCGAGUUUAAGAAAGAGACUUACCAUCCGGAGAAGGUGGUCACCCGGAGUGACACCAAGCGCGUAUCGGUGGCCCCUCCAGAUGAUCAGGGAAAGAAGAACUGCGAGAGGAGACGGGAGCUUCUCAGUACAGGGUUUUUCAGCCCAGUUAACAAACCAUACAAAAGUGUUGGGAUACUUUACACGGACAACAUUGACCUGUUCUCCUCCUGGCUUAGUCCCCAGGACCAGAGGUCUCUGAAGUCUCAGUGGGAAAAGAAGUUUGGCAAGAAGCCAGGAGUCACUACUACCUCAAGCAAGUUCAAUCAGGAGAAAGCCAAAAAGAUUGAGAGCAGCCUUGUGGGUCCAGCUCAGGACCUGCAGGUGGGAAAAGGCUUCCUGCACCUGAGGCAGUACCUCCAAGAGAUGGCGGCCAUCCAGAACACCCUCAGGAGUGGACGCCCGCUCGUCCUCUGUCUAUGGGAACAAGAUGCACACUCUGUACAUGCCAGGUCCUCUUGUGAUAAGGUCUCUUCAGCUGAAGGAGAGGCUCUGAAGCCAGUGCCUCUGUGUCUGAAUGAACAGUUGGACCAGGAAGAGGAGGCCAAACUGGAGAGGGCAUUUGUCAGGAAACAGGAGAAUUUCUCUGAGCAACUGAAGUGGAUCUAUAAGAUACUUUGUGGGAUAUCACAUAUGCGCAAUAGAGACCUGAAGACACAGGUUCCCCUGAACAGCGUCUAUGUUAACAUCAUCAUGAAGGACACGGAGAAAACCAACAUCCUUCUGAAACAGUCCCACAGCUCUUACAACCGUCCUGUGGGGUGGCGACUCCCCUCUGCAGCUCCGGAAGACUGCCAGAACAUCACAGAUGUGUGGGAGACUUUUCUUACUCAGGACACUCCAGAAAUCAAGUGUGCCACCGGACAAUCCCCAAGACUUAAGCCACGGAAGAAGACACUGCCGGAGGGAGAGACUGCUGAUAUGCCCCCCUGGUUCACUCUACAACUGGAGGAGAGCACCUCCAUGGAGAAGAAACCACCAAAUUCUCGGAACAAUGAGCAGAUAAGCAUGCUGGAGAAGGCCAAGUCUGAGUUCCUGGGCAUCAGGAGAGCGCUCAACUACCAGAUCGAGACCGACGUCUUCGAGAAAAAAAAAAACCGUGAGGAAAGGAUAAAGACCCUCCUGAAUGCUCUGAUGAUGUCCAAGACGGAGCCCAUUCUUUCCACACUACUCGUCUCCCUGAAGAGUGAGUUCAAGGAGCCCAAGUCCACUGGCAGCUUCUGGUUUAUCAAGCUGAAACAGGAUGCUUUUGAUUUGGGGGAUGAUAAAGACUCGAGAUUCCAUGAAAUCCUGGAGAAGAUUGCCAAGUUUCAGAACUUCAGCACCAAAAACGUUCCAUACGCCAAGGAAAAGUUCUGCCUGCUUGUCAUCUCCCUCCCAGCCAGUCAGCUCCUUCGCCCCGCCCUCCAGGAAGCUCUUCUCUUCCUGACCAAUCACGUGCUGCAGAUCCUCCCUCGACAGCUCAGGCAGUGGUACCAGUACCUUAAGCUGCCCUUCACAGUUGCCAUGGUGCCCAUCAAUGCAACAUCCCCUGCCCAUUAACAACCACUUGCCUCUCCUGCCCAGCAGAUUGGUAUCCACCUGGUAGUCCACUUCCCCUUUUACUCCAACCUCUCUCCUGUCUCUUGGGUCUUUAAAGCCUUUCCUCACUGACCUCUCUGUUGUGCACUAUCACAAGAGUGAAAACUACUUAUAAAGACAUGAAUGCCAAAAGUA